UCAUCUUUUAUAAGAGCAGAACAGGAUGCAUGGAGCUCAGUCUGUACCAACCCCACAGCUAUACCAACACAGCCCGCGCCUGGCACCACCGCCACACCAGCUGCGUUCCCAUAUAUGAAGAAAAUUAAAUCCACCAUGGCUGCGGUGGCCCAGCUGGCCACACCGGAGACAAUAAAUGGCAAGAAGAGAAACAGCAUUGACAACGGUCAGAAGAAACAUGGCAUCAUUAAGGGCAUAAAGAAGGUCUUGAAUCUGCCCAGUAAAAAGACUCACAAUCCGGAAGUGACUGAGACAAAAAAGGAGCCAACAGUUGAAGACAUUAAAGAACAAAUUGAAAAAUCCCACUUUUCGGAGGCCAGCAAAAACCUGAUCCAUCUAGAGCGCAAGGUUCUCCAGGAUCCUCUACUCCAGGACCAGGUCCAGGAACUGGAGUCUCUUUACUUGAAGUUGGAGAACGCAGUAUUCAAAGUGAUAACGGACUCCAUCACGGAAACCAAUGGGGGCCUGCUGUCUCAGGCUGUAAGUGUCAUCGUGGAACAGGAGGAGGAAGAUGCAAAAAGGGUCUCAAAUAACGCCAAGCCAAGAACCUGGAAGAGAACAUGGGAGGACUAUGUUAGGCUUUCCGUCAGCGAGCGCAUUUGUAAAUGGGACAAGUUUUCACAUCACGGCUCGCCGUCAUCUGUGUCUGAACAUUUUCUUACUUUGGCAAAAACUUUGAAAACCGACUUGACCCACGUGGUCACGCAUCUGAAGGGUUAUUACCCUGAGGACUUUGAUGUUUGCAACACUUAUGGCCGACAUUACCACCUGUUCCUGCUAUCGCAGAUGGAGUUUGUACAAGAAUUUGAACUGGGAUAUAAAGACACUUACUACGUCUUGUGUUUCGUGUUUAACUAUUAUCCAAACAUGAUCUUGAAGAACCCAAUAAUGGCCGGACACUUCGAUGGAUCGUUCCUGAUCGAUCUUCUCCAGUCUGAGGUUAAAACGAGGCUGAAAGUAAACUAUCUUGCAUAUGAAAUAGACUCUGUGAGGACUUAUAUGAAACGAAGUUUGGACUUGGAGGUUGAGCGAUGGAAGAGCGGGAAUGAACCGGAGAUAAUAGGGGACUGCCACCACAUUGAGCUACACAUCGAUAUAGUCCAGAUUUACGAGGCUGCCAUCAAACAUGCGGCAGAGAUAAACAAGGACAUGGCGGAUAAAGUGACUUACAUGCUUCCUCCUGAGGUGAAGGAGUUUUUGGAGAGGUAUAAAGCCAGUCUGGCGGAAUUCUUAGAGAAAAAUAAGACACAUUCCUUCUAUAGAGAGAUUGGUAUUGCCAACCUAAACUGCUGCCGGCACUUCAGGGAAUUUAUUGAAAAGCGGGAUAAAAAGUUUGAUCUGCAGCAGGAGAUGUUGUCCACCAUUCUGCAGUGUGAAGACCUUGUGUACGACGCUUUGUUUCAGUAUCUUUAUCAGGAGCUGAAGGUACACUUCAAGAAGAUGUCUCAGGGCAGCGCUCUAUGCAGCUACCAGACCAUGCAGGACAUUAUAAGGACCACCGAGAAGUCUGUGUCCGGCCUCCAGACGCUGUGUGCACCUUGUUACAAGGAUAUGAUCGGAAGGAUUCAGAAGCAUCUGGUGAUGGAAUAUCUCAAAAGACUCCUCAAGAAAAAAGUCAGCCAUAAGAACGCUCUGCAGCUGCAGACCCUGGCUAAACAGAUCAACGAGAACGCCAAUCUCAUCAGUGACUUCUGCGAUGCCAAUAAGUCGGAGGAGGAAUGGUUAAAAGCUGUGAUACCCAAAGUAGCCGAAAUUAUCCGUCUCCAGGACGUGUGCGCCAUUCAGCUCGAAGUAGCCACGCUGGUCGAAGCCUAUCCAGAUAUUCGGAACAAACAAAUCGAAGCCAUUUUGUACUUCAAGGGGAACCUGACGAGACAAGACAUCAAGUACAUCCUGAAGGUGGCGGAGGCGGUGGAGCGGAGACCUUCCGGCAAACACAAACUCUUCGAAUUAAUCCUCUAAAAUAAAACAUAACAGAGACCAGAACCUCAUGGAUUCUCUUCUCUAUCAUGUAUCCAGUUUACAGGAUUCGGGGCCGAGGGGGUGCGGCUGUCCUCCGCCCUUAUGUGGUCAGGAUGUCAAGGCCUGGUACUGGUCACCCAUCAGGACCCUUCAUUGACCUCCACCGGGAUGCCGUCUUACUCUGCAUCACUUUACCAGUCGCUACAUUGUUCCAAUGUGGCCCAUAAGGGACUCACUCUGAAUGUGAAGCAAAUCGGACAACAUUUUUUUGGGUGUUUUUUUGUGUUUUUUCUGUUUUUUAUUGUGUUUACUUUUGCAACUUGUUGUAUCUUAUGAAUCACAUGUACUGUAUUUGAUACCCAAGCAUGUAUCCGGUAUUGGAAUAUUGGACGCAUAACUAGUGUCCCUACUUCAAAAAGCGCUACCGUAAGGAAUGUUUAUAUUUGCACUGAUGUUUUAGCGUUUUUUACGAUGGACUAAAAACAAAGCAAAGAAACCGUCCCCACCUAAAACCUCCCGUUCCUUAAAGAACCCUGUUUGAUUUUUGCAAAAAGGGUUACCUUAAAUUUUACACCAACAAUGUACAUAGUGCUGUAACCCUUGGCAACCUAUAAGCUGUUACAUUUGACGUAUCUCUAUGUAGAUGUUUUUAGCGUUCCACGAUGGAAUAUUCAGCCGUUGGCUGUCCGGGCAUGUUGGGAGUUGUAGUUUUGCAACAGCUGGAGUCACCUUGGUUGGGAUACACUGCUAUGAACGGCCGUUGGCCGUCCGGGCAUGCUCGGAGUUGUAGUUUUGCAACAGAG